CCCCCAAAAACCAUGGCUAGAGUUUGGGAACGUUGUGGGUUGCAUUUGUUGCUGUCGUGUGCUUUCAAGUAGUUUUUCGACCUAUGGUGAUACUAAGGUGGAUCUAUCAUGGGGCUCUCUGGGGCUGAGAGAGUGUGACUCGCCCGAGGAGGAGAAGGGAAGAGAAGAGAGAGGAGCUGCCAGGCUUCCACUGGGCAAAACCUGGGACUCUCCACUCGUUGGUAUCAUCGCCACCGUCCCGCUGUGCCACCAUUGCACCAGGAUGAGGCCAGUGGCAGCUGGGUACCUGCUAUCAGCUGCCCUCUUCUGCAGCGUGUCCUGCAGCCAGAUGGACUCUUCUUCCGAUGGCCAAGAGGCAGCGGUUCCCUUUCAGGACGUCUGGCACCGCAGCUUCUGCAACUCCCGAGAGACUCUGGUGGACAUCGUGAGCGAAUACCCCCACGAAACUGGGCACUUUUUCAAGCCACCGUGUGUCCCUCUGUGGCGAUGCACCGGCUGCUGCGGGGAUGAGACCCUAGAGUGCACCCCGGAGGAAACGCGGAGCAUUCAUCUGCAGGUGAUGCGCGUGGACCCCGACCUGGGCAAAGCACAGCAAGAAGUGAUGAAAUUCACAGAGCACACGCGGUGUGUUUGCAAGCCUCGGAAAGAAAGUUUGAGAAAAGGGAGGUAUGUCCUUAUUUCUCCAUUCAUGUUAUGCUCCGCCAUGCGACCCAAAGCAGCUUAAAACAAUUUAAAAUCAUAAAAGUUUGGCUAACAUGUUGUGUUGUUGUUGCUGUAUGC